GAAGGAGGAAACGGCAUCAGAGAAGAGACAUUUCCGCUUGCUUCGGUUGUGUCGGAUCGAGCUGAGUGGAUGAUGGUGGAGAACUCUCCGUCUCCGCUGCCAGAGAGAGCGAUCUACGGCUUCGUGCUGUUUCUGGGCUCGCAGCUCGGCUUCUGUCUGUAUGUGGUCUGGGCUGUCGUUCCUGACGCUUGGCUUCACUCUGCUGGACUGACGUACUGGCCUCAGAAAUACUGGGCUCUGGCGGCACCCAUCUACCUGCUGGUCACUUUAAGCACCUGUCUAGUGCUGCUGUUCGGAGUGAAUCUGAUGAACACGGCUCCGCUCGCAUCUGUCCACAACAUCACAGAUCACUACGCCAAGAGUCAGCGUGCGGACGAGGAUCAGGACGGAGCGAUUCCCAGACUGAGAGACGUUCCCAUCAGUGAAAUAAACCGUGUCUUUUACCUGGAUCCUGGCGCGCAGUGAUGUGUUUGCUCAGGGUUUAGACGGACAGAUCCAUCAGCCGCGUGAGAUCUGACUGUCAGGUGACCCGCUGACCCUCGGACAGACCUGGGCUGUGUUUCCCAAAAGCAUCGUAGACCCACUGAAGCUAUGAUCAACUUAGGCUUACGAUGCUUUUGGGAACUCGCACUACCAAAGCACUUUAAUAAAGCUCUAAACAUUGGGCUUCUGCGUCUUUCUCAAACACCAAACUCCUGAUGUGUGGUGGUCUGGGGUCAGACCGUGACCUCUGUGACCUCAGGCUGAAGUGAAACGCUCAGCUCACUAUCUGCGGUGGGUCUCCUGCAGACACUGGCCCUCGUGAGCAAACAGACGGGUGUCGGGUGGCCAGUCACCGCUUGACCUGUGACCCCAUGACCCUGUGACCGCCACAAGGAGGGAAACACUGCUGUUUGCUGCUUUUUCUCAUGUUUGUUUAAUGUAUUAGAAUACAAUGACUUUCAUUAUACUGCAAAACAAUUAUAUGAUGAAUAAAUCAUGACGACAUAUUUUUGUUAUCAAAAUAAAAUAAAAAAUGUUUUUAAACUUA